GUUAUUAUUUAUCCUCUGUAAUAAGGAUAUCACAGGCUGCCCUGCUCUAGAGACAUAGCUACAUAUCAUUGAUGUUUCAAUGACAAACAGAAAUUGCUACAUUCUAUUUAUAUAUUGCAGGUGAAGGGUAGCUCUCCUUUUUUUUUUUUUCCAAAUGGCAAGCCUAUGUCUAUGUCUUUAUUCACCCAGCUCUCUACAGUCUAUGGCUAAAUGGGAGUAAAGAACUACUCUGUGUUCUUGUCGGCUUCUUAACAGGACCCACACUACACGAGUUGGAUGAUAAAUUAAGAAAUCCCUUAUACUCCAGAAGAGUCUGAAGACUGAAGACCGUGGAGUUUGAUGGCUUCUCUUAGACGUGUCAAAAUCUUGUUGGUCUUGAACCUAAUCGCAGUAGCUGGAUUUGUCCUGUUUUUGGCCAAGUGUAGACCUAUUACUGUGAAAGGUGGAGAAUCUUUCCAUGAAGUUCAUCCAAGGGCUGAGGUCAGCAACCUGACUACUCAUGGGGUCAAUCACAUUCAGGAGGCUGUACUGAAAAGGCUUUCCCAUUUAGAGGACAUAGUCUACAGACAACUAAAUGGUUUAUCCAAGUCCCUUGGACUUAUUGAAGGUUAUAGUGGCAGAGGAAAAGGUGGUCUUCCUUCCACCCUUACGCCUGAUGAAGCAGAAAAAGCCAAAGGGCCACAUGAAAAAUAUGGCUACAAUUCCUACCUCAGUGAGAAAAUUUCACUGGAUCGGUCUAUACCAGACUAUAGACCAACAAAGUGCAAAAAACUGAAGUAUCCCAAGGAACUUCCCCAAAUUUCAAUAAUUUUCAUCUUUGUCAAUGAAGCUCUCUCGGUGAUUUUGCGAUCAGUACACAGUGCAGUGAAUCACACCCCUGUCCACCUUCUAAAGGAAAUAAUUCUUGUGGAUGACAACAGCGAUGAAGAAGAGCUAAAGGGCCCUUUGGAAGAAUAUGUACAUAAGCGAUAUCCAGGAUUGGUUAAAGUGGUCAGAAACCAUAAGAGGGAAGGCUUGAUUCGAGCACGGAUAGAAGGCUGGAAAGUAGCCACUGGACAAAUCACUGGAUUUUUUGAUGCGCAUGUAGAAUUUACUGCGGGAUGGGCUGAGCCAGUUCUUUCUCGGAUACAAGAAAAUCGAAAGCGGGUUAUUUUACCUUCUAUAGACAAUAUCAAGCAAGAUACGUUUGAGGUUCAACGAUAUGAGAAUUCAGCCCAUGGAUAUAGUUGGGAACUUUGGUGCAUGUAUAUCAGCCCUCCUAAAGACUGGUGGGAUGCAGGAGAUCCAUCUCUUCCAAUCAGAACCCCAGCAAUGAUUGGCUGUUCAUUUGUAGUGAACAGGCAAUUCUUUGGAGAGAUUGGUCUGCUGGAUCCAGGAAUGGAUGUUUAUGGUGGAGAAAACAUUGAACUUGGCAUUAAGGUGUGGUUGUGUGGUGGAAGCAUGGAGGUCCUCCCGUGUUCAAGAGUUGCUCACAUAGAACGCAAACGAAAACCGUACAAUAAUAAUAUUGAUUUUUACACUAAGAGAAAUGCAUUGCGAGUAGCUGAGGUUUGGAUGGAUGAUUACAAAUCUCAUGUUUAUAUUGCUUGGAAUUUACCAUUAGAGAAUCCAGGAAUCGACAUUGGUGAUAUAUCAGAAAGAAUAGCUUUAAGAAAAAGCUUGAAGUGCAAGAACUUCCAGUGGUACUUAGACAAUGUUUAUCCAGAAAUGAGACGAUACAAUAACACCAUUGCAUACGGAGAGCUCCGGAACAACAAAGCAAAGGAUGUUUGUCUAGACCAAGGUCCACAGGAAAAUCAUACAGCAAUAAUGUACCCAUGUCAUGGCUGGGGGCCUCAGCUUGGGAGAUACACUAAAGAAGGCUAUCUUCACCUGGGGACCCUUGGAAGCACAGUACUCUUGCCUGAUACUCGCUGCCUAGUAGACAAUAAGAAAAGCAAAUUCCCACAACUGAUGGAUUGUGAUAAAGUGAAGAGCACACUUCACAAACGUUGGAGCUUUAUACAGAAUGGAGCAAUUAUGAAUAAAGGGACUGGACGCUGCUUAGAGGUUGAAAGUAGAAGCAAUGGUGGUAUUGACUUAAUCCUUCGAAGUUGCACAGGUCAAAGAUGGACAAUUAAAAACUUUAUCAAAUAGAGCCAGAACAUCUGUUAACUUUCAAGCUGCUGUAUUUGGAAGAAAAAGUACAUGUAAACCGCCUGUUUCCAAGAUGCACAAGGCAUUUCUACAGACAUUUGCCAGAAUUUUUAGAGGCAGAGGACAUGGCUUGAAUUGGUUGCGUAUUCCUUUACAUUGGAGCAGGUUCAGAUCAACGUAUUGCAGAAUUUAAUUCAAUAUCAUCCAUUAUGUUUAUUCCUGGAGGCUUUUAAGUGGCCAGUACAAUACCUUUUUUGCAUGCCUGUUUUUUUUUCCAACUACUUAUGUCUUUAAGGUUACAAAACAUUUCCCUUAAUGCCAAUGAAUAUUAGCACAAACAAGUAGUGUUAUGAAACACUUUUUUUUUUAGAAAACUGCGUGCCUAGCACACAGAGGGCUAAGCCCUAGCGAUCACACAAUGUGGACUUAACUGUAUGUAUUAAACAUUUUUUUAGCAUCUCAUGAAACUAAAGGAGAAAUGAAGUUUCUUAAAAGUUGAACAAAAUGGAUGUAGCCUGUUCCACUGCAAACUCAAUUUGUAAGAUCAUUUGCCUGCUAUUCUUUGGAAAAUGUGUAAUUCUUUAAUAAAAGCAAAACUCACAAUAAAUUUACAACAAAGUAUAGUAUAAUCAUUGUCACAUUGCCAUAUAAGCACUUUAGGUUUGUGGAAGUUGUUUUCUCUAUUCAGUUAUGUCAUGCCUGUAGACUACUGUUUCAAAUGAUUUAAAAAGCUUGACAAAUGUGUACUAUUAAUUAAAACGCCUAAACGUA